AUGACCAUCACCUAUGCCUUGAUCCAGAUGCUUGAGAAAGUGGCUGAGAAGACCAACAGGGCUCGGAUCAUCACCAAGGCGGAAGUGUACAAGCUGCUGGUGAAUGCCGGGGCCGUCGUCGGCUGCGAGUACAAGAAGGCUGGCAAGACCAUCAAGGAGUUCGGACCCAUGAUCCUGGCCUCCGGCGGCUUCGGCGCCGACUUCGGAGCGGACUCACUGCUGGCCACAUACCGCCCGGAUUUGCUCCACCUGCCCACCACCAACGGCGAGCACUGCACCGGCGAUGCCAUCAAGAUGGGCGAGGCAAUUGGUGCCACCACCAUCGACCUUGAGUGGGUCCAGGUGCACCCGACUGGCCUCGUCAAGCCGGACGACCCCGAUGCCAAGGUCAAGUUCCUGGCUGCUGAGGCCCUGCGAGGCGUGGGCGGAAUUGUCCUCGAUGCCAAUGGCGACCGAUUCUGCAACGAGCUGGGCCGUCGCGACUACGUCACGGGAGAGAUGUGGAAGAACAAGCCUCCCUUCCGCCUGUGCCUGAACAAGGCCGCCGCCGAUGAGAUCAUCUGGCACGCCAAGCACUACACCGGCCGUGGCGUCAUGAAGUUCUACCCCUCCGGUGAGGACCUGGCAAAGGACAUGGGCGUGCCUCUCCAGAAGCUCGUGGAUGCCCACCAGAAGCACUUCGAGGCGGCGAAGAAGCAGGAGAAGGACCCUGAUGGCGGCCCUUUCCCGGCCUAUCCGUCCGGCAAGACCUGGGAUGAGCCCAGUGGCAAGACCGGUAGCGGCAAGAAGUUCUUCCACAACAUCAUUGACGGCUCGAAGGCCUCAACCCUAAACCCUAAACCCUAA